GCGCCUGCAGCUGCUGUUCCUAGGAGCAGAUGAACGCUCCCUUACAGCCCGAGAUGCACUCGUCUAAAAUGCGCUGGAGCGAUGAACCCAGCUUACUGUCCUCAGGAAUCAAGGGACAAUUCAUCUCUUUCGAAAGCCGCAAAGAUCAUUUUUUGGAAAGUUGUUGCAUGAAUUUAGACUUGUAGCAGCUGACCGAAGGUCCUGGAAGAUCCUGCUCUUUGGUGCAAUAAACUUGAUAUGUACUGCCUUCCUGCUUAUGUGGUGCAGCUCUACUAACAGUAUAGCUUUGACUGCCUAUACCUACCUGACCAUUUUUGAUCUUUUUAGUUUAAUAACAUGUUUAAUAAGUUACUGGGUAAUGAUGAGGAAACCCAGCCCUGUCUAUUCAUUUGGGUUUGAGAGAUUAGAAGUGCUGGCUGUCUUUGCCUCCACAGUCUUGGCACAGUUGGGAGCUCUCUUUAUACUGAAAGAAAGUGCAGAACGCUUUUUGGAGCAGCCUGAGAUACACACGGGAAGAUUAUUGGUUGGUACUUUUGUGGCUCUCUCUUUCAACCUGUUCACGAUGCUUUCUGUUCGGAAUAAACCUUUCGCCUAUGUCUCUGAAGCUGCCAGUACCAGCUGGCUUCAGGAGCAUGUUGCAGAUCUGAGUCGAAGCUUGUGUGGAAUUAUUCCAGGACUCAGCAGCAUCUUCCUUCCCCGAAUGAAUCCCUUCAUUCUGAUUGACCUUGCUGGAGCAUUUGCUCUUUGUAUUACGUAUAUGCUGAUUGAAAUUAAUAAUUACUUUGCCGUGGACACCGCCUCUGCGAUAGCCAUUGCCCUGAUGACCUUUGGCACCAUGUACCCCAUGAGUGUGUACAGUGGGAAAGUGCUGCUCCAGACAACACCUCCCCAUGUAAUCGGUCAGUUGGACAAACUUAUCAGAGAGGUGUCUACUUUGGAUGGAGUUUUAGAAGUCCGAAAUGAACAUUUUUGGACCCUUGGUUUUGGCUCAUUGGCCGGAUCGGUGCAUGUGCGAAUUCGACGGGAUGCAAAUGAACAGAUGGUUCUCGCUCACGUGACCAACAGACUCUACACGCUAGUAUCAACUCUGACUGUUCAGAUUUUUAAGGAUGACUGGAACAGGCCUGCCUUACUGUCCGGACCUGUGGCAGCCAGUGUCCUCAACCUCUCUGAUCAUCACGUCGUCCCCAUGCCGCUUCUCAAGGGUUCGGAUGAGCUGAACCCUGUCACUUCGACUCCAGCGAAACCCAGCAGUCCACCGCCGGAAUUUUCCUUCAAUACCCCAGGAAAAAACGUGAACCCAGUCCUGCUUCUGAACACGCAAGCAAGACCUUAUGGUUUGGGUCUUAAUCACGGACACAGCUCUUACAGCAGCUUGCUUCAUCCAGGACUUGGAGUUCCAGGAAUUGGAGCAACGCAAGGAUUCAGGACUGGUUACACCAACCUGCCAAGUAGAUCUGGAAUUAAUAACAACAGACUUGGGCCACCAAGACCGUGAUGUGCUCUGACUUGAUUCUGCUAAGGAACCUUGGCUCCUCGGCCUCCAGAUGAAGCCAGCUCCACAUUGACUGUUCAGUCAUGUACUCAGAUUGUUAGACACUCAUAGGCUUGUCACAUUUCAUGAAAUCUAUAAACUAUUUUUAUAAGA